UUGGGUAGGCAUGGAAACGCUUGCUACUGUUUUUAAUCUUGUGCUUCUUUUGAUUGUGAAUCUUGUAUUCAAUGGAAUUGGAGCCGAUUCGAACUUGAGCUGUAUCAAGAGGGAGAGAGAUGCACUUCUCAAGUUCAAGCAAGGCCUCACAGAUGAUUCAGGCCAAUUGCUUUCUUGGAUUGGAGAAGACUGUUGCACAUGGAAGGGAGUAAACUGUAGCAACAGAACUGGCCAUGUUGUCCAGCUUGAUCUACGAAAUCGGCAGGUUUCAUUUGCAAACAAAACUACCUUGCGAGGUGAGAUCAACCAUUCUCUACUUAACUUGACACGUCUCAAUUAUCUAGACCUGAGCCUCAACAAUUUCCAAGGUGCUGAAAUCCCAGCUUUUCUAGGUUCUCUGAAAAAUCUUAAAUACCUAAACCUUUCUCAUGCAUCUUUCAACGGACAGGUUUCCCACCAUCUUGGAAAUCUUUCAAACUUGCAGUACCUUGAUCUUAGUUGGAACUAUGGCUUGAAAGUUGAUAGACUCCAGUGGGCAUCCGCUCUUCCUUCUUUGGAACACUUGGACCUUUCAGGUUUGAAACUUACCAAGGCCAUGGACUGGUUAGAGUCAGUAAACAUGCUUCCUUCUCUAGUAGAACUGCACUUAUCCUCUUGUUCCCUUCCUCACAUUUCUCUCUUUUUGCAAACCAAUUUUACAUCUCUUACCGUUCUUGAUCUCAACACCAACUACUUCAAUUCCUCCAUCCCCCAAUGGCUAUUUAAUUUUAGCAGAAUUCAACAUCUUAAUCUAAGGGAGAAUGGUUUUAGAGGCUCCAUGUCCAGUGACAUAGGUAAAUUAAAUCUACUUGCCGCUCUUGACCUUUCUCACAAUGAACUAGAGGGUGAAAUGCCAAGAACCUUGAGGAAUCUAUGCAAUUUGCGUGAGCUUGACUUGUCUCACAACAAAUUCAGUGGUGAGAUUUCUCAACCUUUUGGCAGUCCAACUAGCUGCUUGCAGAACAGUUUACAGAGUUUGGUUCUUGAAACUAAUCAUCUCAGAGGUAGUCUUCCAGAUAGUUUAGGAAGCUAUGAGCAUCUAGUCAACCUCAAUCUUUAUUCUAACGCCUUUUCAGGUCCAAUCCCAGCAUCGAUUGGAAGACUAUCAAGUUUGAAAAGAUUAGACCUCUCCCAUAAUUACCUGAAUGGUAGUGUUCCGGAAAGCGUUGGGCAUCUUUUCAAUCUUGAGUAUUUGAAUAUCCAUAACAAUUCAUUGAGCGGCAUAGUUUCUGAACGUCACUUUUCAAAGCUCACCUCCUUGACUACCUUGUAUUUGUACAAUAACUCACUAGUUCUUGAUCUUCGUCCCACUUGGGUACCUCCUUUCCAAAUUCAAUACCUUUCAUUGCUUUCCUGCAAAGUUGGACCCCAAUUUCCACAAUGGCUCCAAACACAGAAAAAUAUUUCAAUAUUAGAGAUGUCUAACACUAGCAUUUUGGAUAGAAUUCCAGAGUGGUUUGAAAGCAUUUCCUCUAGUAUUGUACUAUUGGACUUGUCUCGUAAUCAAAUUGGAAAAAACUUGCCGAAGCUGAGAAAAUCUUUCGAUGCUUCUUCCAGAUUCAUAUACUUGUAUUCCAACAAGUUCGAGGGUCCUCUAACUCCUUUUCCUUCAGAAGUGAUUGAAUUAGACGUCUCUAACAACUUUCUUCACGGCCAAAUCCCCCAAGAUAUUGGCAACAUGAUGCCACGAUUGACCCUGUUGCAUCUAUCCAACAAUUCCUUAAAUGGGAACAUCCCAGUUUCUUUAUGCAAGAUGGGGGGAUUACGAUUUCUUGAUCUCUCAGAAAAUCAGUUUUCAGGAGGAAUUCCUAAUUGCUGGAGCAAGUUGCAGCAUCUACGCGUGAUGGAUCUGUCUAGUAACAUUCUGGAUGAUCAUAUUCCAAGUUCUCUGGGUUCUCUACAGCAACUUCGAUCUUUGCACCUGCGAAACAAUAGUUUGCAGGGGGAAGUACCUGCGUCGUUAGAGAAGCUAAAGCACUUGCACAUUCUUGAUCUCAGUGAAAAUGUGCUCAUUGGUACUAUUCCUCCAUCGAUAGGUGAAGGGCUAUCUUCAUUGUCAGUGCUUGAUGUUCAUUCCAAUAGAUUUCAAGGUGAGAUUCCUCAGGAACUUUGCCACCUCACUUCUCUUCGCAUUUUGAGCUUGGCACACAAUGAGAUGACCGGAACUAUUCCCUCCUGUUUUCACAAUUUUAGUGGAAUGAUUGCAAAUGAGUUCUCAAUGAAAGAACAAUGGCCAUACGGUCCUACGAUAUUUGAUGAUAUUUUUGGGUUUCAGUCUGUGGUAUAUGAGGAGAACGUUUUGGUUUAUAUAAAGGGACUGCAGCAGAAAUACACAAAGACACUUCCGUUUCUCUUUUCCAUUGAUCUUUCAAGAAACAGGUUUGUUGGAGAGAUUCCAAAUCAGCUUAUGAAUCUGUUGGGGCUACGAAACCUGAAUUUAUCUAGAAACAAUUUUAAGGGGCAAAUUCCUUGGAAGAUUGGAGAUUUGAGACAGUUGCAAUCGCUUGAUUUGUCUAGAAAUGAACUUUCUGGCUUGAUUCCUGCAAGCCUUUCUCAAUUGAAUUUCCUAAGUGCCUUGAACUUGUCAUUCAACAAGUUAUCUGGACGCAUUCCAUCAGGAAAUCAGCUCCAAACUUUAGAUGACAAAUCCAUCUACGCUGGGAACAGUGGACUUUGCGGGUUUCCACUUGACGACUGCCAAGAAGUGGCACUGCCUCCUGAUGAGGGAAGACCAGAAGAUGAGUUCGAAAUUCUUUGGUUUUAUGGCGGUAUGGGAGUGGGUUUUAUGACUGGUUUCGUAGGAGUUUCUAGCACGCUAUAUUUCAAGGAUUCCUGGAGGGAUGCGCUUUUUCGAUUAGUUGACAAAAUUUACAACAAGUUCCGAGUGAUGAUUGUGGAAAGCAAAAACCGUCUAACAAGAAAGAUUUAUGGAGACAGAUUUGGAGGACAUGCUUGAGAAGCAUAUAUUGAAAGAAAAGUUGAAUAAAGCUAUGCUCAAACUCAGGGGAAGCAUAGUUGUGCUGUGAUCGAUCUAUGAUGUCUGAGCAUGGAUGGAUUUGAAUCCAUUUUCGACGUCUUGCCUGAAUACUCGUGAUGCUAGAUGAAUGUCACUGGAACGUAUGUAGAUUUAUGUUUGUUAUAGCUUACAAUACCCAUAAUGAAUAGAGAGUUUUUCUGAAACUUGUUUGAGAAAGUUCAGUUAUAAUUGGGACUUGGAGUCAAUUGUGAUUGGUAACUAAUAGCCAGUGCUGUUUCUUCU